CCUUGUCCCUGCCCCGAGGGCUGCCGGGAGGCGGAGGGCCUGCGCCUCGGCCUGCAGCAGCACGUCCCCAAGUCCAGGAUGGGGGUCCUGGUCGGUGCCCGCGGAGUGGUCGGGCUACUGCUUGGCACCGCCACGGGCCUGGGACUCCUCUGUGCCCUCUACAUCCACCGGAGGCGACGGCCCCGGGCCCUCGUCGGGAGCCAGGGCUUGCCCAACUCCCUGGGCUACACCCGGACCUCAGAAUCCCACCUGCACGCGGCGGCGGCGCGGCCCCCGGGGGAGGCGGGCGACGCGGUGGCGCUGCCCGGCCCCCCCGGGGCGAGGCCGGACCUGCUGCUGGACCACCUGGACCUGGUGGUGAGCGGCCUGAGCGAGCUGCGGCGGGAGGUGGAGGAGCUGCGCGGCAGCCUGCCGAGCCUGGCCCAGGAGAUCGUGGGCCAAGUCAGGUCCCACCUGGAAGGCCAGAGAGGCACUCGACGGCGGCGCUUCCUCUACCACCGCGAGCGGAGCGACUCCACGGGCUCCAGCUCCAUCUACUUCACUGCCAGCUCCGGCGGGGCCCUGACCGACGGCGAGAGCGAGGGCGGCUACACCACGGCCAACGCGGAGUCCGAUUACGAGGGCGGCCAGACGGACGGAGACAGCGAGGACGGCGGCGAGGCGGCGGGCGAGGCCGGCGGCGAGGAGGCCGGGGACCAGCUGGAGCCGGCGGCGGGGGGCGAGGAGCUGGGCCCGCUCCUGCAGCGGGCGGAUGACCUGCACCGGGGCGGCGAGCAGGACAAGAGGGACGCCUUCCAGCUGCUGCUCAACAACAAGCCCGUGUACGGCGACCGGCAGGACUUUCUGUGGCGCCUCGCCCGGGCCUACAGCGACAUGUAUGAGCUGACUGAAGAGGCGGAUGAGAAGAAAUCGUACGCGGUGGGCGGGAAGGAAGAGGCCGAGGCCGCCCUGCAGCUGGGGGACGAGAGCCCCGAGUGUCACCAGUGGUACGCGGUUCUGGGCAGCCAGGUGGGUGAGCACGAGGGCAUCCAGAAGCGCAUCCAGAGCGGCUUUGUGUUCAAGGAACACGUGGACCGAGCCAUCUCCCUGCAGCCGGACAACCCCAGGACCCACUUCCUCCUGGGCCGAUGGUGUUACCAGGUGGCCCACCUGACCUGGCUGGAAAGGAAGACCGUGUCAGCCCUGUACGACAGCCCCCCGAGCGCCUCCGUCCACGAUGCCCUGCGGAGCUUCCUGAAGGUGGAAGAGUUGAAGCCGGGCUUUUCCAAAGCGGGACGGGUGUACAUCUCCAAGUGCUACAAGGAGCUGGGGAAUAACACAAUGGCCACUCAGUGGCUGAAACAGGCCCUGGAGCUGCCGGACGUCACCAAAGAGGACUCGGCUUGCCACGAGGACCUGGAGGACCUGCAGGCCACGCUCAUCUAUUAAGCACAUUCCCGGCAGGAACGAGGCGGCGGGCAGAGAGCCCGGGAACGACCCGCCGCCCCCAUCCCCUUCCAGGCCGCCGGCCCGGCCAAGCCAGCUGAUCCUCCCUGCCCCGGGGGGAGGUGAGUGGGGGCCGCGCUGCAGGGGAGGAGGAGGAGGAAGGACUUCCCCCAUCUUGGGGUCUGAACCAACAACCGGUCCUUGCUCCUUUACCCCUUUCACCGGCGUGUCCCAGACAGUGUGAAGGCCCCUCUGGCUCCCGGGGGGAAGGGGGUGACCGGCGUGGAGGAGGCUGCCGUCCUCAGCCCCGGGGCGGAAACCUGGAAUAAAGUAAGGUGAAGGACCAA